AGCAUCGCGAGACCUGUCCGCUUGUCCCCGGCGGCCGGAGCCCUCUCCUGGCGGCAUGGGUGGGCUCUGGCCUCCGGUAUGGAGGAGCGUAGUUUUCUGUCGCUGGCGCUGGAACCACCCUGGGUCCCCGACCAGGAUUGCCGAGAGGGUAGAGCCGUGUCUCAGGCCGGGAAGGAGUGGGACAGGAAGUGCUGAGAGGGGGCAGAGGCGGCUUGGGACAUGGAAGUGCUCGAACCCUGGCCGGGAGCUGGCCCUGCAGCCGUCAAGGCGGCCGAAGAGCACGAACCCUUUCACGCGCGCGCAGGAGGAAGACUGGCGGCGUCGGAACAAGACGGUCCUCACGUACGUGGCCGCGGCAGCCGUGGGCAUGCUGGGGGCGUCCUACGCCGCCGUGCCCCUUUAUCGGCUCUAUUGCCAGACUACUGGUCUUGGAGGAUCAGCAGUAGCAGGUCAUGCAUCAGACCAGAUUGAAAACAUGUUGCCUGUUAAGGAUCGAAUUAUUAAAGUCACCUUUAAUGCAGAUGUGCAUGCAAGUCUCCAGUGGAAUUUUAGACCGCAGCAAACAGAAAUAUAUGUAGUGCCAGGAGAGACUGCACUGGCGUUUUAUAAAGCUAAGAAUCCUACAGACAAACCAGUAAUUGGAAUUUCUACCUACAAUGUUGUACCAUUUGAAGCUGGACAGUAUUUCAAUAAAAUACAGUGCUUCUGUUUUGAGGAACAAAGGCUUAAUCCACAAGAGGAAGUAGAUAUGCCAGUGUUUUUCUACAUUGAUCCUGAAUUUGCUGAAGAUCCAAGAAUGGUGAAUGUUGAUCUCAUCACUCUUUCUUAUACUUUUUUUGAAGCAAAGGAGGGGCAGCAGUUGCCGGUUCCAGGCUAUAAUUGAAGUCAGCACCUAAGUCUUGCUUCAGAUUUGUGAUUUUUGAAAAAUCAUGUAUUUGUAUCUAGUCUUCUCAGGGGAGAAAUAUUCUAUAGUAAUGUGAAGCUAUUUUAAAUAUUAUUUAAUGCUGGGUUUUUUUUUUUUCCCCAACUAAUUUACACUACUUAAAAUUGAAUGGUUUGUCAUAAGGAAUCCACAUGCCUAUUUAGAAUAUAUGACUGUUCUAAACCAUAGAGUAAUAUAAAGUAAUAUUAAAAGUAAUACUGAUAAAUAAUAAUAAAAGAAACUGCUGUUUCUUAAAUAUGUAGGCAUGGACUUGAUGGUUCAAUUUAAUUCUAUUUGCUCCCCUUACAGAUUACUAGCCCUUCAUACUUGUAGCAGUAUUUUUAUUAUUCCCAGGGUUAUCUGUUUUAGGGUCCAGGUCAUAACUUCUGCCCAUUUUUAUUAUUUCUAAAAUAGUUGGUUACUACUUUCUUUUACUGUGGAUAGUCACUACUUUAAAAGCUCAAAAUGGAAGAAGAACCACUGAGCCCUAACAGCUUGCCCAGAGAUUACAUUCUGACUUAAGAUUUGACUGUUUUUCCUUUAGGCUCUAGGGCUAUUUUAUAUUCUGAAAUUUUGGCAUCAUGAAAAUGAAAUAAAAUGCACAAAUGUUUACUAGGAUUAUAGCAUUUCCUAUGAUAGUUCAAGUCCCUGAAUGUUAAAAUGUUUAAGUGUGGAAUUGUGAAGACUCACAUCAGAAGUUCUAUGAACAAACUCUGUAAAAAAAAAAAAAAUGUAUUAAAUUGUUUUAAUAGUAAUUUGUCAUUGUAAUUUAUGACAUAAAUGAAUGCACAAUUUAUUCUGAAUGUUUUCCAGUAGUGUUUGUUCCAAAUAGAAAUUUUUGUUCCAAUAGGAAUAUUAAUAUUCCAAAUAGUAAAAAGGGGAGAAAAAAGAUCAUCUAGUAUUAUAAAGAAUAUUUCAAGGCAACUUUAUAAUAAAGAGUCCAGUGACCUCUUCAGGGUACCUGAAAUAUAAAUCAUGAAGGCUUUUACAAGUUAUAAUUCUAAUUCUAAACAAGUAUUAUUUAUAAAAAAAGUACAAAUUGACUUUUACAUUCAACUUAGUUAAAUGAAGGCACUCAAUAGUCUUCAUAAUUAUUUUGUAAUAAAAAUCUUCAUCUACUCUUAUCACAGCUGUGUGAGGAUUUCUUUUCUAAAGGUAGGAAGCCCUGUGAAACCUAAGAUGCUAUCAUUAAACUACUUGGCCUCAGUACAAUGGAUUUUUCUUCUGCUGAAGUUUUAAGUGAAUAUAUGUUAACCCAAGUUCUUUUGAGAGAAAGUUUAAACUGUGGUCUGGAAGCAUAAAUGUUCCUCUGGAACUGUUACUCUUCUGUGGAACUUCAUUAUUGCAGAGGAGGAAUGUUCCACCAAGCUUCUGAUGUGCUGGUAGGUCUUGUCUUCUGGGCCUCAAAGCUGCAUAGGGUCUACCUUCUAGAGAGUUGGCACCUCUAAUGUAGUUAGUGAGCUGGUCAUCCACU